GCCAGAAACCAAAAGCUGUAAGCCGUUGAGCACUAUCGGUGCUCUAGAAGAAAAGGAUCGCACAGAAAACCGGAAUGGAUCGCAACUGGUUAAUGGGAUUAGUUCUAAUCCUGGGAGUAAUAAUCCAGAUUGAAUGGACAGCAGCCAAUCCUACGUCGGAGAAGCCGAAUCAACUCCCAUCUUUCCUGAAGGUGUGCUACCGCGAUUCCCCUGACUUGAACACAUGUGCCCGCGAAUCCUAUGAAGCCCUGCGACCACGUCUCAUGGAGGGCAUUCCCGAACUCUACAUUCCGUCCAUGGAGCCACUGAUCGUCCCUCAGGUGAAGAUGGACCAAGACUCCGGCGCCAUCUUCUUGCACUCCGUAUACCGGAACGUCAAAGUCACGGGCAUUUCGAAGCACACGGUUAACGAGCUGCGAUUGGAGCCCUCAAAGUUGAAGUUCAUUGUGUCGCUGACCUUCCCCAAACUGCACAUGGAAUCAGACUACAGCAUUAAGGGAAAAAUCAUGAUGAUGCCGCUUCUUGGCGAUGGUCACUGCAAGGUGGAUCUGGUAAACAUCACCAUGCGCACGGAGCUCAUUGGACAGGAGUACAAAAAGAAUGGAGCCAACUAUCUGAAGAUCAACACUGUGAAGGUCAAGUAUGAGCUAUCCGAUGUGCACAUCCACCUGGACAAUCUGUUCAAUGGAGACAAGGCCCUGGGCGAUCGGAUGAACGAGUUCCUCAACGAGAACUGGAAGGCUCUGGCCGAGGAAGUGCGUCCCUUGAUGACCAAGGCCCUGGUGGACAUUUUGAGGGCCUCCGUGGACAAACUGUUUGCCUCCUUCAGCUACGAUGAUCUGGUGCCCAAGGGAAAGAACUAAGAGGAGUCACUGAUGGUCAGCAUAUUUUUUAUCUUAUUGAUUUAGUCGUAGUACAAACAUUAGCCUACAAAUAAGCACACACUUAGAAGUGAAAUAAAUUAUGAAUAUAAUACACAA